GAUAGUCGUGCCCGCAGUCUGCCUCGCUUACAAUAGAGGGUCUUUCGCGUCUGCGGACUACGUCUCGGUGAUCUUGCGCUCGGGCCUUGGCGAGGAGAUGCCCGCGGACGUCGCUUGCAGCAAGGUCUCGCUCGCGUUCCUCGCCGAGAUGAUCGAGAGCUACGCGGGGGGCGUGAUCGUGGAGUUCUUCGACUCGGCGCGCGGCCUCGCUCAGCCCGACUUGUUCGCGCUCGCCGAGCGCCCCCCGCCGCCAGAGGGCCAGGGCGUCGGCGUCUUGCUGCGGUGCCUCGCCGCCGACGAGCGCGACGGCGUUCGAGUGGGCGACGACGAGGUCGACGCCGCCCUCGAGGCUGCCGCGCGGGAGUGGGCAGGGCGUCCGCGCGGCGCCUGCGUGGCGGGGGCCCACGGCGUGGAGGGCGAGGGGCUGCUGGCGGGGCCCGGCGGGCCGAUG